AGUCGGUUAGUUCUAUUUAUUAUUUCGGUUAUUGCAGACACGCGGGCGGGUUUGUGUAGUUUCCACGCUGCGAAGACCUGCAUUACGAUUCGCACAUACAGAGCCAUUGCAAGCCAAUCAGUCCAUAUUCUGUCGCCAAGCCGAACAUCAAAUGUGUCAUCGACCCAACCACAAUUGCAGGGUCCUAAGAAGGCCUACAGUCAGGCGAUUUUAGUUCCGUCAAAGUUGCAAAAAAUAGAGCCACAUUCCGGAAGUUACUAUUGUUCGGGUCCAUUCAUUUUUCCUCUGUUCGCCGCCGCCGUCGGUUUUAGAUUUUCGCCGUGUGUUGGUUCGAUGGUAGUUCGGUUCCCGAUUUGUACGAUUUAGUUUAGUCGAAGAUAUUUUGUACGUUUGUUUGGAGCUAAGAGUGCAGUUGCAGUUGCUGGAAUAGCGCAGAAUUUUUUGCCCAGUGCCCACCACAGUACGAAUAGUUUCAACCCCAAUGUGCUUCGGGUGCGUUCUAGCAGAGUGAGUCACACUAUUACUUGGCAAAAAUGCGUUUCGAACUUUUUGCACCGUAUUCUGCCAGCAACCGACUUUUGGAUUUGAAGUUUGAUCGUUAAGUCCUUUGAGGCGUAUAGGUUGCAGCGAGAGAAUUUGGUGAGAGUAGAUUUAUUUGUUGUUUUCGGUUAAUUUCCUGCGUUUUCGGUGUAGUUCCGUGCUGGUGGCCCAGUUUUUUUUUUAGUCUAGGUGAAAAGCAGUGCUUGAAAUCGAUACAACAUCAUUCCAAGGAAGAGCAGGAAGUGCCAGGCAGCGACGAAACCGUCUAGUGGCGUUGAAGAAGCAAACAAAAGUAGUGUUACCCAAAAGAGGGCGCUGGCACCUGACCUCCCAAUCACAUCGAUGUUUAUGUGGCACGGCAGCCGCGUGUAUAGUGUGUGAUAAGUUUUUGGUGCGAUUUUUGUUUCAUUUUACCACUCCAACCACUCGUUUGUUCAGUUCAGUCCCGUUCGGUGUCAACAAGAAAUAAGUGGAAAUACAAACGCGUGUGUGAGUGCUGCAACCGAGAGUGGUGCGCCAGGAUGACGACAGUGCCGCAGUGCCAUUGUUGCUGCUGCUGCUAGGGAAACGGCAACCGCCCAGUGAGGUUUGAUUCGAUCCCUAAUCCAACGACCACGACUACGAUUUCCGUAAACACACGCCAGCCAACGCGGAGCCGAACAGGCCACCACCAGUUGGGAACCUGUGAUUAGUAGUCGCCGGUCGCGAAUCAGUCGGAGACAAAGGCGGGACCACCCAUCGAGCAGUGAAAAAUAACAACGUCUGUCGGAGACGGAAGCUUUUAAAUUCCCCUCGGGGGGGUUCGUACGGUCGACGUCGCUCAGCAUCGCGCUCGUCCAGAGGCCGGUGACUUAAAUUGCGAAUCCGCUUACCCCACUGCAGCCUCACGACGACAACGACGACGGCCAAUGGAUGAGGAACUGGAGAGUACGCUAUGAGUAGUCGAGGGCCUUCGAGGCCCCACAUAGAAAGUGCAAGAGCAGCAGCAGCAGCAGCAACAUCCCGCCGCAAGAUGGCAGCAGUAGGUUUAAGCAAGAGUGGCAACAGCAGCAGUGGUAGCGCAUUGAUAUCAAACAGAGUGGCGAUGGCGACAUCCUUGAGCAGGAGCGGACCGACCAGAAGAAACAACACCAAUAACGGGAUGGCCAUGAGUUCGUCGUUUCGUGCUGUGCGGUCGGGUACUAUGUUCAGCUUCCAAUUUCCACUGGUGGCGAUCUUGGCGGGAAUGAUUGCCUUUGGAGUUUGCGGCGUCUGGGCAGAAGAAGCAGAACCAUUCGAACCAGCAGACCGUAUUCUACUGUACGGUGAUAAGUGCGACGAUUCCGGCGUAUGUAGUUUUCCCGGAGGGCUCUGCCAUCCGGAUGAACAUGUGUGUCGCUGCGAACCUGAGCUACCGGUGACCAAUAACAUCAAUAAGUGCGGGAAAGCGGCAUCGCUGAACGAGGAGUGCCUUUUCAACGAACAGUGCGAGAUUACGUACAGUCGGCUUGGAUGCAAAGAGGGACGCUGUCGGUGUCAGUUCGAAUGGGAACCGAUUCACAUGACAAACGGGACACUGGAAUGCAUCGAUCCUGCAGGCCGAGGCACACUUAUGUUUGGUGAUAAAUGCGAAAGCACCACUGACUGUGGCUUCGCCGGGUCCGUUUGCGACUCCGGCACGCGCACAUGCCAGUGUACUUCCGAUUUACCAGCAACGAACCACCUCGACAAGUGCGGCAAAAAGGCCCAGGUGAACGAAAGCUGCUUCUUCACGGAACAAUGCGAACAAAUGACCGAGCAAACCGAGUGCCGCGACGGACGAUGCAUAUGCCGGUUCGAGAUGAAUCCCAUCUUCAAGCCGGACGGAACGGUCGAGUGUCGAGCUACCAUGAACAAACCUAUUGAGCCGGAAAAGUACAUCGACCCGGCCAUGAUCGGCGUGCUGGUGGCGAUGGCCGUCAUGUUCAUCAUCAUCUGUGUCGUCCUGCGGCUGUUUAGCAAGGCCCGCUGGCGUGACAACCGGACCAUCUUCAACACCCCGAACCCCCGGCUGAUGAACGUGUCGCUGCUGCGGGACAACAAACUGCUUCACGGCCAGGAACGCCGCGGCUCACGCAUGUCGGUGCGGCUUCCGUCGCGGCAACCCAGCAUGGCAUCGCUACGUCCGCACUCGCCCAAUGCGUCGCUAGGUAAGCUAGGUUCCCGUCGUGGCUCCCGGGGAAGCAGCAACGCAUCGGCCACCUCGACCCGCUCCAACCGUUCACAGCAUGCCAAAGACAACGGAACAGCCCAUCACCAGAACGAAAGUGUGACCGUCGAAAUCUCUGAGGUUCGAUCUUAAGCACGCAGGAGCUUCAUAUCUGCGGCGUCGACAGCACCACUAUGACGGACGGCAGUUGUUAGGGACCAUUAAAACGAGAAAUAAAACCAAAUGAUUCUAUAUAUGUAUUUGCUAGAAAUGAGAAAGCGGAAGCUACAGUAAAAUGAGUUUCAUAUAAGUGAAAUGGAUUUUUAGACAAAACUACUUCUAGGCAAGAUCUCCUCUGAUCAGGUUGAAGAGGAGAGGAAAACUAAAGUGAUCUUUUCUAUAGAUUAAAACUCACCUAAACCAGAACUAUAAGAAAACCGUUGCUUACUGAAACUCGGAAACCGGAAGGAACAACCGCAAAAGCAAUUAUCUCUGAAGAAUUUUUAAAAGAAAAAAUGAACACAUGUUAGACUACCGCUAGCUAUACUUCUGUAGAAAAUCGUGUCAUUUCCAAGCGAUCAGUAGAGAAAGGCAUCUUCCAAACGCCAUGCAUUAGUUGUCGCCAUUCUAAGGAAAGCUUUCCCUUACGGUAGUGAUAAAGAAUAUAAAAAGAUAAUGUAGGAAAAAUGCGCGACGGACGCGAAGAAUCAUCGUCAUAUCCCAUAGCAACGCGCAAAAGUGUUUUCACACAUCAAUUCCAGUUCAGUGGAAGAUGAAAUGGUAGUAGUACUAGAAGAAAGUAGUAGAGCUGAAUUUUACCUUACUAGAAAACGAUAGUUGAAGCAUAUGGAAACCAUGAAUUAUUAUGAGUUUUGAAAAUCUAGUUGACGAUAUUGCAAUAAUUGUCAGUCUACCAGAGAGAGUAAAUAAAACUGUAGCGCCAUCUUGAAUAAUUGCAUUUUCCAGAUCGAUGUUUAGUCGUACUAACAAUAGGCAGCCGCUAAAAUUUUCAAGCACUGCAUAUGUCAAAUUCUUAAUUACCUGUGCUGUUUUUGCAUGGUUUGCGUAGCGAAUAAGUGAAUUAUAAUUAAACGCGCAUGAAAAUAAAUGACAAUCUAAUUGUGACGGAUGUAGCCGUAAGUGAACAUAAAAAUUCGUUUGAUUUUUGACGUGUAACAGUAGCGGCUAGCUUUGACUUCCGAUCACUAGGUUGAAUCACAAUUUUUAAUAACCGAACAUAAACGAAACGAGUGAAGUUGAAAAGGUAAAAAAAUGAGAUAUAUGAUUCAUAGCACCAAGAUAUUACUUAUUUUUUUCAACAAUUGAGCGAUACCAAAGUAGGAGAUGACAAAAAAUAUUAGAAAAAUAUGAACAACAUAUGACUGCUUUACAACCUUAGAAUCAAAGUAUGAAAACAGACGCGUAGAGUUGAAAUUAAAAUAAAAUCUAGUACUAAAGUUUUAAGAUUGAAUACUGUCAGGAAAGUAAUUGCGACGGAAAAAGCGAACAAAUGUUCGAUUAAAAGUGUUAUUUUUUGCAGAAAACUUUAUCUGGGCUUUUACUUUUAUUUAUAAUUAAAGGAUUUAAAAGUACAUAAAAAUGUUUGCAAUGUGGAGCGCAUGUGAUAUUACGUAAAAAAAAUCUUACAAAUAAUCCCCAUUGAAACCAUCCAAAUAAAAGCAAAAAAAUAAUAAAGCAACAUUGAACUGGACCACAUUGACCCUAGCGCCAUCUCUGGAAUGUUUCUGUAAAAAUAGGGGAAGAUUUUUGGAGAAAUAUUUCGAACUUUGCUGCUUUCGUUUGGUCCAGAUUUUCACAGCAGGCGUUGCGUUCACAUUGACACUGUUUAAAUUUCACGCACAUCGAAGCUAUCACCAUAAUAUAACUAGAUCAGAACAAAUAAACGCAAACGUUUAAUUUUAAGCAUGAAAUGAUUGCUAAUACUAAAUGAGAGAACCACGAUUAUGCUACAAGCUCGAUUUUACGAUGUUGCAUUUACCCUAACCCAGCUUUAUUUUUCAAAUCGUUACUCCUAAGGACACAUCGCAAAAGGGAUUUUCUUCAGUUUCUUGAUAACUAAUCGACCAAAAGAAAAAAUGCUUUAAACAAUGUAUUUGAAGACAGAACAGGAGUUUUGAAUUAGAGCCAACUCGGAAAAACUUGUAACAAUUUAACCACACCACUGCAUAUAAUAACCUACAGAAAAAAUAAAAUGAUCCGACAGAAAAGAGACUAAUGGAAAUCCGCAAGCAUAGACUAGGAAAUGGAACAAUUUGUUAGCAAAAUCCGCAAUUUAGAUGUUGACAUACCCCCUUUUUGAAACAUGAUGAAUUCUUCCUUCUUCGAAAUCCUUCUAAUUUCUAACAAACUUAGACAUCUAGAAAAUGUAGUAAAAAGAAGUUAAAACUAUAAACAUACAUAAUAUAGACAUAAUCUUUUAGCGGUAGAGAGAAAAACGUGAAUCGCAUUUAUAGCGACAGAAAUUAGAAUAGCUUCAGAUAACGGAAAAGUAAAAAAUACUAACAAGUCAUAUAAGAAUUGGUCGAAACCACGGGUUUAAAACGUUUGAAUUUUGGAAUUUGGGGAAGAAUUUCAAAAUUAACACGUUUUGCUCAAUCGAAUAUUUACAUAGAAAAAAAUAGCGAUAGUGCUGAGUGGAGAAAAUAUUGAAAUUAAUAAAUCAUACAUUUAUUCAUUGACUUGAUUGUCACUCACUUAUAUACAGCUAUAUGAUGAAAGUCAGCCUCAUAUGCUCACAUACACACAUUCACUUAUAUGAUAUUCAAAGUAUUCAAUAGAGAUUAAAAAAAAUAAAAUAGUAGUAGGCGGAACUGAAAAAAUCAAAUCAAACCAAAAACACACAAAAAACGAAUGUGAAUGCGAAAAACUCUUAUUUAUUAUCUACUAUAACUAGGGCUACUACAAGAAAUAUCGCUAGAUGAAAGAAUUGCGCUAUCAAACUAUUUUCUAUGAUUAUUAUAAAACGAUAAAAAAAAACAAAACAAACGUGAAUUUAAGGAUCUUAAGACUAUUCUUGUUCUCUUAUUCUAUUUAUUAAGAUAAAAAACAAGCAAAAUGAAAAAAAACAGGAGCUACUCUCUACUCUGGAGGUUUAUUUUUUAUGAAUUACACAAUAAAACGCAGUCACAUACACAAAGAACACUAUAAUACAAACACAUAUUUAAGAAUGCUGCUGAAAUAAAAAUCAUAAGUACUAACUAUACGAUGCAGCGGAAAAAGCCGAUAAAGCGGCGAAGGAAGAUAAAUUCAGCGCAUGCAAAGCAAAUACCACGAGAAUACACAAACACUACUAUUCAUAACAGUACGAAUUCAAACAAGAGAAGAAAAGAGUACAGAAUAAAAUAUAUACCUAGCUAAGAUGUAUCACUUUACAGAACUUAAAACUUUUAUUAAAAACAUAUUUACUUUACAUAAACUAAAGAUAAAACACGACA